AUGUUGGAUACAUCGGUCUCGAGAGAAGGGCAUUGCAUCUAUAGAGUUCCUGUCUAUCUACGAUGCAAAAGCAAAGAUGUCUACACCUUCAGUAAUAUCCAUAGGCCCACUCCAUCAUGGCAAUGGAGACUUAAAACCGAUGGAAGAACUCAAAAGCAGCUACCUGAAAAAAAUUCCUGCAUAGGGUUGACGUACUCUUGGAGGUCUACAUUAACAAGAUAA